AUGUUCAAAUCUCCAUCAGAUAUCCAAAUUACUUCGCGUCUAAUUCCGAAAUGGAAACGAAUUCCUAACACAUCCAUUCAGUCCAAGCCUCUCAUGGUUUAUCACGGAGCGUUUGACGCGACCCCCGACGAACUGACAGCGCAUCUUGAGGAGGUCGGUGAAGUCGUGCCACAAUGGGUCUAUAGCAUGUACAGCCAAACACACUUCCAUUCCACCACUCAUGAAGUCCUGGGGGUUGUGUCAGGACGCGCGCGCCUCUGCUUUGGUGGAGAUGAGAAUCCCAAACGCUUUGAGCCCACGGUUCAGAGAGGUGAUUUUAUUAUCGUCCCCGCUGGAGUAGGCCACCGGUUGCUGGAAGAGCUGGACGCAGGCGAAGAGCGGUUCAAAAUGGUCGGAUCAUACCCAUAUCAGAAGGAGUGGGACAUGUGUUAUGGACAACCGGGCGAGGAAGCAAAGGUCAAAGGCAUUCAAUGGUUGCGUUGGUUCCGCCAGGAUCCUUUCUUUGGGGCCGAUGGCCCUGCGCUGCAUGUCUAA